AUGCAGCUCGCGGUGGUCUCGGAGACCAAGGCCAUCAUCUUCGACAAAGUUGAGGCAAACCCCCUUCAAACGCAGGGUCACUCCGCGUGGUCCGCCGAGAUCGACCUGCCCUCGCGCACCGUGCGCGCGCUGAACCCGAUCACGAAUACCUGGUGCGCGACGGGGAGCUUCCUGAGCAACGGCACGUUCAUACACUCGGCGGGCAACCCGUUUGUCGAUAUAGGCCAGGGCGAUAUUGGCCCUGAUGGACGGCAAGCACUUCGCAUGUUCACGCCCUGCAAUGAUGCGAGCUGUGAUAUUAUCGAGGACGCGCAGCACCUUCGGCUGACUUCGCGCCGCUGGUAUGCCGCUUCUGCAAGGUUGGAAGAUGGAUCGAUGAUGAUUUUUGGAGGAUCUAUGGCUAACGGAUUUAUCAACAACGCGACCAUCAACAACCCCACAUUCGAGUUCUUCCCUCCCAAGAAUAUCAAUGGCUUCAAUGGCCUGCAGAUUCCUACCAAGUUCAUGGUAGACACCAUGAAGGGGAACCACUUCCCCAACGUCCACACCCUCCCCGACGGUCGUUUAUUCGUGUCCGCGAAUCAGCAGGCCAUGCUGUUCGACUGGAAGACCAACACCGAGACGCGGCUCCCAGGCAUUCCGAACGGCGUCCGCAUCAGCUCCCCCUUCUCCGCGUCCGCUGUUUUGCUUCCUUUGACACCGGCGAACAACUUCACACCAGAAAUCAUGAUAUGUGGGGGCUCCGUCGUCGACGACACUCUGCUGGAGACCCAGUACUCCUCGCAGAUGCCAGCUUCGGCCCAGUGUGCACGGAUGGUGCUCUCCCCAGCAGGUAUCGAGUCCGGCUGGAAAGUGGAGUCCAUGCCACAGCCGAGGCUGAUGGUCGAGCUUAUCUUACUGCCCGACGGUCGCGUGCUUGCAGUGAAUGGUGCCCAAACCGGUGUGGCGGGCAUUAACGGCACACUCGAUCCCGUGGGGUUCCAAAGUAAUGCAGAUAAGCCAGCGCUCACUGCUGCCGUAUAUGACCCCGACGCACCUGUUGGACGGCGUUUCUCUUCUGCUGGCAUUCCAGCGUCGAAGGUUCCAAGGAUGUACCAUUCAAGUGCCUCGCUUACUCCCGACGGCUCUGUCCUCUUAGCUGGAUCUAACCCUAACGAGCAAUUCACAACCGAGGGCAGGUUUCCGACUGAGUACAGAAUGGAAUUUUUAUCACCCCCGUAUAUGUUCAGCAGUCGGCCUACUGUCGUCAGCGGUGUACCUGCCACUGUGGACUUUGGCAAAACGUUCACCCUAAGCGUUAAUCUGCCGCCCAACGCUCGAGACGUAUCAGUGUCAUUGAUGGAUCUUGGAUUCGCGACGCACGGCGUGCACAUGGACCAGAAGCUUGUCCAAUUGCAGUCUACGCUGUCCCGCAACAGGAGAACGCUGCAAGUCACCGCGCCGCGCAAUGGACAGUUGUUCUCUCCUGGACCGGGCUUUUUGUUUGUCGUUACCGAUGGAGGCGUACCGAGUGUGGGGCAUAGGGUGAUAAUCGGUACCGGCGCGUCUCCACCCGUAGACCAAGGCGCCAUUGAUAAGUACGCCGUAUUCCCUCCUCCCCGCGAACGCUCACGCUUACUGAGCUUCUAG